GUUUUCCCUUGUCUUGUCUAGCUCGCAUUGUUUGCACUUCUUUGACACGAUCGAAUCGUUUGAGGCGGCCGGCUGCUCGCCUCAGUUCUAUUUGGGAUUCUCGGAAAGGGAGAUCAUUAUCAAUGAACGUGCCCUUCCAGGUUUUCACUCUCCCGCUUGGAAAUUUCUUUUCGCUAUUGGGAUUGGCAGUGUGUUAUAUUUGAAGUAUUUCUUUUUGUUUAGGAAUUUGGAAUGCCUUUAAAGAAGUUCGAGUUGUAAGAUGUGGACGUUACGUGAUGAAUAAAAUUGUGGACUCACAAAAGUUCAACUCUAGGCAUGGAACAAAUAUUUCAAACACAGGACUGUUAUGUGAUUUCUGCAAAAGAUGUGUAUUCGGCUGUAGGGUCUUCACCUAUCUGUCGAUGAUUUAAACUUGAUUUCUGUGAAGUUGUGUCCAAAACUGAAAAUGGAAAAUUGAAAUAGUAAAUCGUUGCAAGGAAGGCGAUUCUUGUGAAGUGUGUGUGUAUGAGUGUGUGUGUAAUACACAAAAAAGCGAUUGUGGAGCAAAGCGCUUUUACUGGUGUGUGUAUGUGUGUGUGUAUGUGUGUCUGCGCGUGUUUGAUGCUGUUGCCACGCGAUGCCUACCGUCAUGUGGCUCGUCUCACGCGGAGGGUCCUCUAGUACUCAACAUUAAUUUCACUAUUGCCAGACGAGAAACGCCACAGUAGUUUUGGCUGAGAGAAAUAAUUGCUCCUUCAUUUGAAUAAGAAUGGUGUCCGGGAUCUACAGGAGAAUGAAGAGCGAAGACAGUGCCGGACGGCGGGACUAGACCCUCCUGUGGGCAUGAGCCCGCAGAGAAGCGCGGUAUUUGGCAAGCAAUUUUGUUAAUUUCUAUGUAAAGUUGGGGUCAACCCUAGGAGUCAGAUUUAUUCAGCGUUUGCCGGAGAGCGGGAGAGGGGAAGCUCAACCUUGCAAAGGCGGCCCCAAAGACGGCAGCGAACACGAUCUUUUUUCAAACUGGAGGAAUAUCGACGGUUGGAGUCUGUUGCUAGCCCCAACAGCUUAUGCUGGGAGAUUUCCCCUAAACGUCCUCUAUAGAUCCUCAUCGAUUGGCUGCGGAGAGUUCUGCUGGGAAAAGGGGGAUCACUCUGGGAGAAGAGAUCGUUUUCCACUCUUCUUCGAGUCGUACCGUCAAAAGUUCGCAAUUUAUUUACCAAUAUCAUGAUGGAGGAGGAGAUUCAGGACGCUGGAUUGCUAGUACCUUGGACAG